AUGCUACCAAUCAUCUGGAUCUGUCUGCAGAUCACUUCAGUGGCUGCAGCCAAUUUGCCCAUAGUGGAACUGGGCUAUCAGCGCCACCAAGCCAUCAGUUUCAACUCCACGGGUCACUAUUACCUGUUUAACAACAUUCGUUAUGCCGAGCCCCCACUAGGCUCCCUGCGAUUCGGCCUUCCCGUCUCUCCACUCAAUCAAACUCGCGAUAUUGUUAAUGGAACUGGACUUGCGAAUAUCUGUCCCCAGUCUCAAGCAUGUUGGUUUAAUGUACAAAAUGCAUUUGUCAGUGCGGAGACAACAGACUCAACUUUUAAUUUUACUGCUGCGUAUGAUCAGGUCUAUGGAUUGGACAGAUGUACCAACGCACCGCUCGCUACAGAGCGUGAUCCACUAGAGUCGGAAGAUUGCCUGUUUCUCGAUGUCUAUGUCCCAGAAAAGGUCAUUUCGAAAAAACAUGGAGCACCCGUGUUGGUGUAUUUCCAAGAUGGGGCAUAUGUAUCUGGUUCUAAGUCAAGCCAGAAUCCAUCUGGCUUACUGCAUGCCAGCAUGAAAGAUGGCUCCCCUGGUAUGAUCUAUGUUGGAGUCAAUUAUCGAUUGGGUGCAUUUGGAUGGCUUUCGGGUCAGAGUUUUCGGUCUGCUGGAGGCAUUCCUAAUGUCGGACUAUAUGAUCAGCGUUUAGCGCUUGAAUGGAUACAGCAGCAUAUCAAAAGGUUUGGUGGUGAUCCCUCACGCGUUACUGUCAUGGGUGUCUCAGCUGGUGGCGGCUCGAUCACAAUGCAAAUGACAGCUUAUGGACGCGCUAUCCGUCCCCCGUUCGCCCAGAUCAUUGCGCAGAGUCCAGCCUGGGAGCCAGGCACCAAGACUUCGGCCAUUGAGGACGAUCUCUUAAACACGUUUUUAGGAUUGUUAAAUGUAACUAGUGUUGCCGAGGCUCAGCGUCUGCCAUCUCAAGCUCUGAUGGAUGCCAACCAUGUGCUGGUGGCAUCUCGUCCGUAUGGUGCUGGCAUAUUGGGGCCAGCAAUUGAUGGAGACUUUGUACCUGAUAGCCCCAAAAGACUCCUGCUAGAGCGCAAACUCGAUCCCUCUAUCCGAAUCCUCACCUCAUAUACCUCCAAUGAAGGAUUUGCAUUGGCUCCAGCCAAUGUGACUAAUGAUGUCACAUUUGGCAAAUACGUGGAUCUGCUGCUCCGUGGAGCUAAUGCCAGUGUACGCGCUCAUGCCACUGAGGUGCUCUAUCCUCCCAUCUUCAACGGCAGCUGGCCGUAUCGCAGUCAGCACGAACGAGCAUCUCUAUUCUGGUCGGAGCUUACCACUAGCUGUAAUACUAAGUAUCUACACAACGCGGUCACGACUCCAGGGUAUGCGAUUGAGUAUGCUGUGGCACCUGCGAUGCACCUUUCGGAUACUACUUCGGUCUUCUAUAAUGGAGAGGUGUCCGAAGGGUUGAAUGUCACAGUUGCACAGCUUAUUCAGCGGCAGAUUGCACAGUUUGUCAAGACGGGAAGUCCAAAUGUCAAGGGUGACCCUCAAAUCCCCCUCUAUCAUGAACUGGCGGAUCUACUCUACAUAGGUGAUGAUGGAGUGGAGGUGCGGCCGGCCUCGACGAAUACAGACCGGUGUCUAUACUGGCAGCAGGUAGAUUACUGA